AUGAUGGACAAAAAUGGAAAAAGUAAAAAUUUUUUAAAUAAACAAAAAGGUUCUAGCCAUAAAGGUAUAUCAAAUGUUGAUAUCCCUUCAAAUUUACUAAUUCCUUGUGUACAAAUUCCUGAAGUUAACGAUAAUGCUAUUUUAGCAGCAAAUAAAAAUGUAACUUCUAAAGCAUCAAAUUCAUCUAAGGUUGCUACUGUGAUUGAUCUUUCUGAAGCAUUAAUAUCAUUUAAAGCUGCUACUGUAAUUGAUCUUGAAAUAACAUAA